CGGGAGUUGCCCGAAACCGAAGAGUCGGUAUCAGGAUCUCUGGAGGAUGUCCUAAGCGCUUGCUCUUUCCUUGCGAUGUCGAGUAUUUGAGGAGCCACAAGCCGCACCCCUCGGGGCAUUUGCCGGAACUCUCUCUCUCCCUGAUAUCUGUGAGGCACGGGUAAUUGUCGUUUCUGCACGUCACAACUCCGACGAGACCACGAGGAGCACCAACUGAGACCCGGACGCCGUCCGAGAUAAAAGAACCCAUCAUUCCAUAUGGCCGAUGCCACUUCCACCGCCGCGGAUGACGCCAAGUCCCGCAGGAGCGACGUCGAACACCUCGAGCAAGACCUCCAGAAACCUCACAUCGAGACCGAUGAUGUCCAGCAACAACACCCAGAGAUCUACAUGCAGGCCCUGGCGAGGUACCCGAACGAUGAAUCGAUAGACCAGGCCGAGGAGAAGCGUCUCCUCCGCAAGCUCGACAUGCGCAUUCUGCCUCUGCUUGGAAUCUGCUACUUCUUCUACUACGUCGACAAGACCACCUUAUCGUACGCCGCAAUCUUCGGUCUGAAAGAGGGCCUCCACCUCAAAGGCGAAGAGUACUCAUGGCUCUCGAGCUCCUUCUACUUCGGAUGGCUCGUCUGGGCCAUCCCCUCCAACCUCAUCAUGCAGCGUUGCCGGCCGGCAUGGUACCUCUCCUUCAACAUCUUCAUGUGGGGAGCCCUGCUCAUGGCGCAGGCCGCGGCCCAGAACUUUGGUGGUCUCCUCGCUCUGCGAGUUCUCUCGGGAGCCUUUGAGGCCAUUGCGGAUCCCGCCUUCAUGUUGAUCACCUCCAUGUACUACACCCGCUCCGAGCAGCCCUCUCGCAUCGCGGCGUGGUAUGCCUGGAACGGCGUUGGUGUUGCCGGCGGUGGUCUCAUCGGCUACGGGAUCGGAAACAUCAAAGGCGCCCUCGCAUCAUGGCGAUACGAGUUCCUCGUCGUCGGCGCCUUCUGCGCCUUCUGGGCCAUCAUCCUCGCCGUCAUGCUGCCCAACUCGCCCCGGACGAUCUGGGGCUUCACCCACGAUGAGAAGCUCAUCAUGAUCGCCCGCAUGCGCCGCAACCAGACGGGCAUCGAGCAGCGCCGCAUCAACUGGGGCCAGAUCAAGGAGGCCUACCUCGACUACAAGACCUGGCUCUUCACCCUGCUGGGUUUCAUGUCCAACGUGCCCAACGGCGGCAUCUCCAACUUCUCCACCCUGGUCAUCAAGGGCCUUGGCUUCGGGACGCUCGAGACGGCGCUGCUUGGCAUCCCCCAGGGCGCCUUGGUCGUCAUCUGGAUCGGACUUGGUGCCUUGGCGAACAGAUAUUUGCCGGCCAACAGCCGCACGCUUGUGUGCGCUCUCUUCAUGCUGCCCACCAUUGGCGGAGCUCUUGGCUUUCUCUUGGCACCGGCUGACGCCUACAUCGGCCGGUUGAUCUGCUUUUACCUUACUGGCUCAUACCAGGCCUCCUUCGUCCUCUCUCUGUCCCUUAUCACUUCCAACACAGGCGGCCAGUCCAAGAAGAUGAUCGUCUCCGGCAUGAUCUGGUUCGGCGCCUGCAUCGGCAACAUUGCGAGCCCCUUCUUCUACAAGGCCAACCAGGCUCCCUCGUACCACCUGGGCAUCGGAUCGCUCUUGGUCGCCAACUGCAUCGAGCUCGCCCUCUUCUUCGUCUUUCGCUACGCCUUUAUCUGGGAGAACAAGAAGAAGGAGAGGCUGCGGGCGGAGAUGCGGGCGAGCGGCAACUACGUGGCGGACGAGCUCAAUGCUACCGCUUUCACCGACAUGACAGACAAGGAGAACCCCAACUUUGAGUACGUUUAUUAAUGCAAAGAGUUUUGGAGUUUGUAUGGUAAGAAGAGAAGAAACGGGGAUAUGAGACAGACAUGUCUAAGGCCUGGGGAUGGUAUCUAGCAUAGACACGCAUCAAUCUAGCGGAUCGUUCUAGAUCGCACAUCUUAGCAC